AUGAUUGAUAGAAUAAUCGAAAAUUUAUAUCUGAGCGAUGUGCAGGAAGUUCUGGAUAAAUUUAGAAUUGAUCGAUUAAAAAAUGAAUUAAAGAUCAGCCAUAUUCUUACGAUAGCAGCAGAAAGUAUUUCGACGGAAAAACAAAUUGUUGGGAUAUCUUAUAUGUUUAUUUUUGCACUGGAUACGGAUACGCAAGAUAUGUUUGCUGGAAAUUUGUUAGCUAAUGCGCUAACGUAUAUCAGAACAAGUAUUGAAAGUAAUGGACGAAUUCUUGUACAUUGUGAAGCUGGCAUAUCUCGUUCUGUAUUUGUUGUUGCUGCUUAUCUAAUGCAAAAAUUACAAUGUUCAUCGGCAAAAGCUGUUGAAUACAUACAAAGGAUACGACCAAUAGCACUACCAAAUGAUGGUUUUAUGCAACAAUUACAAAUAUUCGAAAGUUGUCAUUUUAUUGCCGAUGUGCAAGUCAUUUCACAAUGUUCGUUAUACAAAAAUUGGUUAUUGGAUAUCUCUUCAGCUGAUGCAUCAUCUGCAAGAUUUUCUGUGGACAAAAAUUCACCAGACUUGAUCGGUUCCAUGAAUGUCGAACACCGAUGUCGUAAAUGUAGGAAAAUCUUAUUCAACGAGAAACAUAUUAUGAGGCACAAAGUAUCGAAACCUGGCACUGUUACUGGCGACGGAAUAGUGGAGACAUUGGAUUGUAGUUUCGGUUAUUUUGUUUCGCCUAUGGAAUGGAUGCUUUUGAACGAACAUCGAGGAAGAAUUUUUUGUUCAUGCAGCGAAAAGUUAGGUCAUUAUGACUGGGGAGGACGUGUAUGCAAAGGAAUAACUGGUAAAUCAUGUGGAACAGCUGUGCGGCCAUGGAUUUAUAUCAAUCAGAACAAGAUCGAUCGAAUUGUGAAAAUAGGUAAAAACGUGCUAAGCCCUAUAGACAGCAUCAUUAUGAGGCCGUCGAAACUAUAUAGCAUAUCCAAUUUGGUGUAG